CCCUCUCCCAACCUCCCUCCUCCCCAGCUCGGACGACCGUAUCCAUCUGCUUUCCACCUAUAAAAUCCACCCCUCUCCAACCCCCAAUCCCACAACAGCAAACGAAAUCCCCCAAGACCCAAAAAGGCCCCAGCAACUCCAGACCGUCGAGUUGAAUCUGAGUUUACUUGGAGAGAUUUGAUUCAUUCAACCAGUCGAGAUGGCGCAGGCAAUCGAGGCUCAGAGGGAGGGCGCGGAGGUGUACCACGGCGCGGCGCUGUGCGCGGAGAAGGCGGUGGAGCUGCUGGCCGAGACCAACUUGCCGCUGGGCCUGCUGCCGCUGGCCGACAUCGAGGAGGUGGGUUACAACCGCGCCACCGGCUUCGUCUGGCUUCGCCAGAAGAAGGCGCUCACGCACACCUUCAAGCAGAUCGGGAGGCAGGUCUCGUACGCCACCGAGGUGACGGCCUUCGUCGAGGACCGCAAGAUGAAGCGCAUGACCGGGGUCAAGAGCAAGGAACUCCUCAUCUGGAUCACCCUCUGUGAUAUGUACAUCGACAAGGAUGACCCCUCCAAGAUCACCUUCAAGACGCCCACCGGGCUCAGGAGGACCUUCCCCGUCUCCGCCUUCGGCAAAGUGGACGAUGGCAAGGCCAAGGUCCCCGCCACCGCAGCUGCCGACGGCAAGGAGGCCGCCGUGGCCAAGUAAAGUGACGACUACCAACAAGCUACAAGAGUUUGGAUGAAGAUUUUUUAAAGAAAAAAGUUUGAACGAAGAGUUAUUCAAUUGUCAUCUACGACUACUACUUGCUUUGAAAAUUUACAAAGUAAUUCAUGGAUGUAAGUCAUUAUAUAAUAUAUGCAUAUGCAAAAAUUCCUUA